AUGUCAGCCAGAAAGGGCUAUCUUCAUCCUUCUUCAAAUUAUACCACAACGAUGACAUGCCCCAACAACCAGGCUGGAAACUCGUUUUUCGUGGACUCUCUGAUCAACGUGAGAACCGACAGUGGUUCAUAUUACCAGAGUAACGGGGUGUAUUUGCCACCGGCGUCGGAAUAUUCCUAUGGACUCUCCGGUGGCUCUUGUUUCCCGGGGAUCGGUAAGCGCAACGAGCCCAGCACCCAGAGCCUGAUCCCGUCCUCUGCUCCGUAUGUUCCAGGGAUGGAAACGUGGCUGGAAACGUCGAGAUCGUGCCGGGUGGAGCAGCCCAGCGGCCAGCACAUGCCCCAGUGCUCCUUCUCCCCGAACAUAAAGGAGGAGAGCGCCUACUGCCUCUAUGAGUCUGACAAAUGUCCUAAAGGAGCAACAGUAGAUGACAUCUCCUACUCGUCCGCAUCAUGCCCGGUGACCGGCUCCUCUCUGCCGGUGCCCGGCUACUUCCGCCUGUCUCAGACAUACUCUUCGUCCAGGCUGUACCAUGACGUCCAGCCCAGCAUGAACCACUUCUCUCUGCAGCGACCUGCCCGCGUGGACAGCCAGCCCUCCCCGCCCCAGGCUGCCUCUGAGCCGGAGCGGAGGGAGAGCCACGAGGAGGCGCCUGCCGCUGCGCCCUGCCCGGCCACGGAGGAGGACAGCCGGCUCUCCUCGGACGGCUCGUCCUCCCCGGAGCCCGCAGAGACGGGCCGGGCGGAGUGUCCGGAGAAGCCAGCCAAAGGAGAUGGAAAAAUGGAAAGUACGGCCAACUGGCUGACAGCGAAGAGCGGCCGGAAGAAGCGCUGCCCCUACACCAAGCACCAGACUCUGGAGCUGGAGAAGGAGUUCCUCUUCAACAUGUACUUGACUAGAGAGCGCCGUCUGGAGAUCAGCCGCAGUGUGCACCUCACGGACAGGCAAGUCAAAAUCUGGUUCCAAAACAGGAGGAUGAAACUGAAAAAAAUGAGCCGAGAGAACAGGAUCCGAGAGCUCUCCAGCAGCUUCAGUUUCUCCUGAGACUGUGUGUGUUUGGCGCCCUCCUCCUCCAUGGCGAGGAGCGGACCCCCCGACUGUGAAACAGGACCCUACUGCUAACUUAUUGAUUCUUGUUCUUUCUUAUUUCACGUCUGUUUAUUUUGUCGUGGAUAUGUAUUUAUAAAUGGCUCCAUUUGUAACGUGUUGAAGAUGUUCAGAAUGUGACCACAAUGUUUCAGAGCUUCAGGCUUGUACAGAUUGUAAAUCAACCUGAGGGAACCAUUGGACUUUGCAUGCUGGACGAACCCUUUGGGAUACUUGUAUUACAUGUAGACCUCUAUGUGACAGCUAAAGAGCCGAGAGGUCUGGUGAAUAUUUG